AUGGUGUCCUUCAAGUCUGUCAUUCUCGCCCUUGCCACCACCGUCAUCAAGCUUGCUUCGGCCAUCAAAAUCCCUGGCAACGGCACUACCCCUCAUGACCAGUAUUCUUCUUCAGUCGGCGUGCUUGGCUGUAAGAUCGAUAUCAAUAGGGUCGCCUACUGGCCCUCCUCUGUCGACUGCGACCAAAUCUGCGUCGAGGUCACUGCCAACGGUCGUUCGGUCACUCUGCUGAAGAUCGACCAAUCCGGCGGCGCGUACGAUAUCUCCUUCGACGCCUUGAACUACCUCAAGACUGGUUACCCGGCGGUCAAGGGCCACAUCGAGCCCGGCGGUGGUUUCCCCGCCGACUCCAACUUCGUCCCAGCCGAGAACUGUCGCCACCUGAUCAAGACGGCCUCGGGUAAGCUCCCCUUCACUGCAGCCAACUCCAUGAAUUUCAUUAGCUCGUGCACCGCCGGCCGUAACACCUGGGUUGGCAACAACUACGAGCUGUGGAAUAUCCUCGAUCCCGUAUGCAAUCACGGCUUCAACGAGCUGUGCACGCUCGCCCCUGGUGCAAACCAGGCUACCUGCAAGCACCCUCUGGGCUCCAACGACGUCCUGACGGGACAGGAUGUUCUGAACAUCCUCUACCCUUCUGGUGAGGUUGUCGAUGCUCCCUAAGCACAAGACAUGG